AUAGAACCCUCCCCUCAAACCCAAAGUUAACCUUUUUCUUAUAAAAGGGUUCCCUAAUUUAUUUACAACCGAUUUUUCCCUUGGUUCUGUAAUUCCAUAAAAUUUUGUCCUCCAAGCAAAUAAUUAUUACCAAAAAGAACAAUUUUAAUGGCUGCAUCGUCCUUCGAUUCACUUUUGUUAUUGUUCUGUUUGGGAUCUUCUUCGGUUCAGUUUUGUUUUGUCGAUCGUUCUUUAACUUCUAACCCAUCUCAUCCUCAGAUUCUUAGUCAACGUCGUACCUGUUUCUGACACAGAAACUAGCGGAGGAGAAGGUCAUCACUCAUCACCAACAUGGGAAAACGUAAAACUCAGCGAAAGAAUGCGGCGAUGUUAGAUAGCGACGAUGAUAAUAGUAGUGUAAGUUCAUCGUCAACCAUGCGUUCUGAUCGAAUGUCGGUGUCUGGCACUGAAGAAGUAGAGUUUAAUAAGGAUAGUUUACUUGAUGAAGCUGUCGAUGCAUUAUACGAAAAGAGGGGUACUACACGAGUGAAGGCCUUGGAACUGAUUAUUGAUGCCUUCAAUAGCAACUUGCAGCACCAGUUUGUGGAGAAGAAAUUUGCUACAUUACUGCAUCAAUGUCUGAAUUGCAUCAAAAAGGGGUCCAGCAAAGAAAUAUCUUUGGCAUCUCAUACCAUUGGUUUGCUGGCUUUAACUGUCGGUUCUGGAGAUAAUGCACGGGAAAUAUUGGAAGAAUCAAUCACUCCUCUCUCACAGGCUUUUAAAUCUGGCUCUGAAUCUUCUAAGAUAGCUUCGUUACUGGAGUGUUUGGCUAUCAUCACUUUCAUUGGGACAAAUGAUCCAGAGGAAACAGAAAAAUCAAUGCAAAUUAUGUGGCAAUUGGUUCAUCCUAAACAAGGUUCUAAUGUAAUUACUGUCAAACCUUCUGCAGCUGUUAUAACAGCAGUUGUGUCUGCCUGGUCGUUUCUUUUGACAACCAUGGAUGGAUGGAGACUGAGUUCGAAACUUUGGCAAGAGUCCAUUACAUUUUUGUCUAGUUUACUAGAUAAGGAUGACCGAUCCGUGCGCAUUGCUGCCGGUGAAGCAGUGGCAGUAAUUUUUGAGAUGGGAAGCUUAGAGAAGUUUGCAGCUGAAGCUAAAGGUUCCAGUGAUGGCUCAGUUUCAGAAGGAAAUAAAUCUAAGGAAGGAUUUUCACAUAUACAAGGACUGAAGGGAAAGAUUUUGAACCAAGUCAGAGACCUCUCUGUGGAAGCUGGUGGUAAAGGUUCUGCCAAGAAAGAUCUUAACAAUCAAAGGAACUUGUUUAAGGAUGUGUUGGAGUUUCUUGAGGAGGGUUAUUGUCCUGAGACAUCAGUGAAGAUUGGUGGGGAUUCACUACAGACAUCAACAUGGUCCCAGUUUAUUCAGUUGAACUUUUUGAGGCGCUUUCUUGGAGGAGGUUUCACUAAACACAUGCAGGAAAAUGAGUUCCUUCAAGAUGUUCUUGGGUUCACUCCAAAAAGAAGGAAUCUUCUUGGCAGUGAACAUAUAUCCAACACUGAAAAGAGAAUGUACAGAUCACCAAAUUCAGUCCUCAACAAAGCAAGAACCCAGCUAUUGAACAAGCAGCGGAUGCUAUCUGAGGGUAGAAACAUCGGGCACUUUGCUGUCAACGUAGGUGAUGAAGAUUUCUAAACUUCUGUAGGGCGGGAACUAAUAAUUGUCUGCCUGGCUCGUAUUAAAUCAUACAUUAAUUUAUUGAAACCCAAAACUCUACAACUAAUAACUAGGGAACUAUUUUGGUUAAAUUGGUGAUGGAUUCAUAUACAGAUAGUUAUUCUAAUCGUACUCGUGUAACGUUCAUUGUACUUUUCUGUGCUUAUUUAAGCAUCGAUGAGAAGUUUCUUGAGUUGAGAUGUUCCUUUAAUGGAAUUGAAUACUGUUUUUCUCCGUGA